AAGGUCACCAUAACGGGUGACAUUUCGCCAGCAGACGAUGUAGUAGUUAUGGGACGUUAGAGUUACCCAGUGCUCAAGAUGGAGACUGUGACAGCCGUGAAAGUGUGCUGUGGCCUGGCAUUGUUUGUUUGGUUCCAUCGGUGUGCGUCGGCCGAUGUUGUCCUUACCUAUUACAUGGAAGAAUCCUGCGGUCGCACGAUCAAAUUCAGCUCAGUGGACACAACUGAGUUUGUGUUUAACCUAACAAGAGAUGGGAGCAGAUUCUCUGCCAACAUGUACUGUCCAGUAGUAAUACUAGCAGAUACUGGAUUCAAGAUAAUGUUCAAAUUCACGAGGUUAGAUUUUUCAUCGUCUACACAUUACAUGGCUUUAUACAGCACAGCCAUAGGUUGGCGUUAUGGCAUAGAUACGUUUAUAAAUGACCUUUCCUCCACGUACAUAUCUACAACGCCAAGCAAUAAAGGCAUUCUCCUGUUCAAGAGUGGAACAUACUAUCGUAACGGGGGAAUGUCCGUUUUAGUCACGAUGUUCGCUAAAGCAAAACAAAUUGGAUUUGGCGAGUCUAAAUGUGAGGAAGGUCAUUUCCUCUGCCAGAAUGAGCGCUGUAUCAGUGAGGACCUGGUGUGUAACACACGUGACAACUGUGGAGACGAGUCUGAUGAGUGGGACGACUGUUCCCUUCUACCAUGGUGGAGUUCCGUCUUGAUUGCCUUCGUCGUUUUUUUCCUAAUAAGUGGAAUUUGCAUCAUUUGCAAAUUAUCUCAGAAACAGUUCAUUUGUUUUCAGCAACCAGGGCAUACAGUAGCUCUUGGUAAUCGAUUGCAGAUCAACACUAUUACCAACCCAACGGCUGUAGCCAACAACAAUCUAGAGAUGACUUCUUUCCCAGCGACACAAGGGUCAAUGCAGAUGCAAUCACCGUCAAUGGCCCAGUCCCAAUGGGUAGUCUCACCAGCCUACAACAAUCAACAGAACAUUCACCAGGUGCCACCACAUGUUCCAAUGCAGAUGGGCGUGCCCUACCAAACGCCCCCCAGCCCCUUGUCUUUCCCAGUGUCCCCACCUGGCCUCAUUCCCCACAGCCCCACAGAAGCUCCACCAGCCUACAGCAGUCUGGCAAUGAACCCAUCUGCACCACCACUUGGUCCUGUUAGCGAGGUCGACGACCGCUUCAAGGGUUAUGGCAUGGGAACUUUAGAUCAAAAAGGACUUCCUCCAAAGUGAGAUCGGUGAUCAAAUUGUACACUAAUCCAAGGAACCACAUCCAUCCUACAAACCUAGGUGUAUAUCUUCCCCUUCGGUCUCACAGAUGUUCUCAUUAAUCAGUAACCAAAAAAAUUAAUUACAAUAUUUCAAAAAAUUAAAUUGUUCUUACCUGGUUUCAUGACCAUAUCUUAUUUCCAUGAAUAUUGACAAGACGUAAGUAUUUCUGUUUCGAGAGCAAUUGUGGCACUUUCAGGCUCAUAUGCACCUGUUACAAACUGCCCUUUGUCUAAAUGUUUGUUAGAAAAGAUGGAAUGAGAGAAGUCGGCUUUUGAAUGUCUGCAUUCAAUGGCAAAUUGUCAACAAAAUCCCAAAAGGAAGACUGUAGAUAUUUUAACAUGUGCAUUUUGCUCAAAAGCUGUAGUAUUGUUUAAGAUGGAAGUCCAGUUCAUGAAAUCCAGCUCACCUGUUGUUUUUAUAUCAGUCAGAAAUGUAAAUACAUGUGAUCAAGUGUGGGUCUGACAAACCAUUGGUUGACAUGAGCAUUCUACCACGAAUUUGGGAAGUUACACUUUGUGUGAGAGGUUUUUUUGUCAAAUGCCACUUUGAACAGUAUUCCAGUUCUAUCACUGCAUGUCAGCUUAAUGUUGGAGGAAAACCCAAAGUGAUGUGAGUCUCAUACGCAUACCACGGUGGUGGAACCCACGAAUCCAUGUAGGUGCUGACAAACCAAGAAACAAUCAGGGCGAACCAGGAUUCAAACCCACGAUCAUAGGUUUCUGGCAUGCAAUUGGGACACAACUCUGCACAAUUAAUUGCAGAGCCCUUGUCAAAUGGGCUACCCGUGUUUAGAGAUUGUCACCAUCUACCAUUAGGUCAUAUGUACGCAUGCAUAUAUCUGGAUCAAGUAAAACAAACAGAUCUUUA